AUGACCACCUACGGAAGAGCCUCUUCUUCCUCCCGUCCUUGGAAGUAUGAUGUUUUCUUGAGUUUUUGUGGUCAGGACAAUCGCAAGGACUUCACUGAUUUCCUAUUUAACGAGUUGGUCCGGGAUGGGAUUCACACCUUUAGAGACAGCGAAGGGCUAACAAAAGGAGAGAAUAUCCCUUCAGAACUGAUGGAAGCCAUUGAAGGCUCUAGGAUUGCCAUUAUCAUCUUCUCCAAGAAUUAUGCUUUUUCCAGCUGGUGCCUUACUGAGCUGGUGAGGAUCCUCCAAUGCAAAAAAGAUGGCCGAAUAGAAAAGGUUAUGCCUGUUUUCUACAAGAUGGAUCCAUCAGAUGUCAGGUAUCAACAUAACACUUAUGGGGAGGCAUUUAAGAGACAUGAAAAGUGUUUCAAGAAGGAGAUGGGGAGGGUCAAGAUGUGGAGGACUGCUCUCACAGAAGCUGCGAAUUUGUCAGGUUGGGAUCAAAGAAAUGUUGCAGAUGGGCAUGAGGCAGAGCUUAUAAAGAAAAUUGUGGAUGAAGUGUUGACAAUAGUGAACCAGAUGUGCUUGUAUGUUGCAGAACAUCCAAUUGGGUUAAAAUCCCACAUUGAGCACAUCGGUCGUUUGCUAAAUGAUGGUGGAUUGGAUGUUGUUCGCAUCAUAGGGAUAUACGGUUCUGGUGGAAUAGGCAAGACAACUAUAGCGAAAGCCCUUUUUAAUGACAUGUUUAAAAAUUUUGAAGGUAGCAGCUUUCUUGCUAAUGUUAGAGAGGUUUCAUGUCAACGUAACGGAGUAGCUCUCUUACAACAACAGCUUCUCUCUGAUGUCUUAAAGAGAAAGUUCGAAGACAUAAACAAUGAGGACCAAGGAAUCAUUAUUAUCAAAGAGCGUUUGUAUUGUAAAAGAGUUCUUAUUGUUCUUGAUGAUGUGAAUAAAAUGGAACAAUUUUGUAAAUUGGUUGCAAGGCAUGGUUGGCUUUGUCCGGGAAGUCGAAUCAUCCUAACAACUAGAGAUGAACAUUUGCUAAAUAUGCUGGAGGUGGAUGAAAAAUAUAUCGUCAAGACAAUGAAUCAAUAUGAAUCCCUCCAACUUUUCAGCCGCCAUGCCUUUCAACAAAAUCAUCCAUUAGAAGGCUAUGAGAAACUCUCAAAUGAAGUAAUACAAUAUGCAGGGGGGCUUCCGUUGGCUCUUAAGGUUUUGGGUUCUCUUCUAUGCAAAAGAAUUCAAGUUGAGUGGGAAAAUGAAUUGAAGAAAUUAAGAAAGAUACCCAAUGAUCAGAUUUUAGAAAAACUUGAAAUAAGCUAUAAUGCAUUAGAUGAUUUUGACCGUACCAUCUUCCUUGAUAUAACAUGUUUUUUCAUUGGAAAGUACAAAGACAUUGCAAUUACAGCUCUAGAUGCUUGUGGUUUGAGCGGAGAAGCUGGAAUUAAACUUCUCACAGAAAGGUCUUUGAUUACAAUUGAUCAAUAUAACAUCCUAUGUAUGCAUGAUCUAAUUCGUGACAUGGGAAGGGAAAUUGUUCGCAAACAGUCUCCUAGGAAGCCUGGAGGACGUAGUAGAUUGUGGGACAAUGACAAUGCUAUUGAUGUAUUGAUGAACCUCACUGGAACUGAUGCUGUUGAAGGCUUUCAAUUAAAUUUGUGGGAAUAUAGAGGGGAAAACCGGUUGACCACUGUAGGAUUUUCUAAAAUGCCUAAUCUAAGAUUACUCGAUGUUGAUCAUAAGGAAUGGGACACCCCCAAAAUAGCAGUGGAAUCUUCUCAUCAGGAGUGUUUCAAAAACCUAGUUUGGGUUAGAUGGAAAGCAUUCCCUUCUGAAUAUAUUCCUAAUGAUUUUGAUAUAGGGAACCUUGUUAUUCUUGACAUGCCAUAUAGCAAACUUAAAGAAGUUUGGAAGGGAACCAAGUAUCUCACAAAGCUGAAGGAACUAAAUCUUAGUUAUUCGACACACCUGACCCAUACACCGGACUUCUCUGGGCUCCCAAAUCUUGAGAAAUUGAUUCUCAUUGGUUGUAAAAGCUUGGUUGAAGUCCAUGAAAGCAUUGAUCGACUCAAGAAACUUGUAAGGUUGGAUCUAAGUAGUUGCCGUCGUCUCAAGAAUCUUCCAAUUCGUAGUAUUAUCAAAUUGGCAUCUCUUGAAACACUUAAUAUUUCUUACGGCCAAGCAUUUAAACAUUUGUCGAAGCAAAUGGGGAACUUGAAUUCAUCAAAUUUUUUAUGCUCCUUAAAGGAAGUACUUCUGGAAGGUUGCAACCUAACAGAUGAUGAUAUACCUGAUGAGUUUUGGAUGUUAUACUCUUUGGUGUCAUUGAAUCUAAAGUGGAACUCUUUCGAGAGCCUUCCUCCAUCUAGCAUUGGCCAGCUUUCAAAACUUGAGACUCUGGAUAUGACACAUUGUGAGAGACUCAAAUCACUUCCAAUCCUUCCAUCAAGUUUGCGUUCUCUCUAUGCAUCAAAUUGCUACGAGUUGGAAAGGUUACCAAAUUUUUCAAACUUGAAGCACCUAAUUAUGCUUCAUCUUUCAUGGUGUGAAAAGCUGAUUGAAAUUGAGGGCUUGGAGGGUUUGAUAUCUGUAGAGAGUAUAAAAUUAGAUAAGUGUACCAAAUUGAAAGGUUUUGCUGGGAAGAGAAUCCUUCAGGUAUGUUUUUUUUUUCUCCUUUCUCUCUCUAAAAUUAGGGUUCUCCUUUUUUAUGAAUAACAUGAUUAGUUGGUUACAUGGACAGGACAUAUCUAAAGA